GCUGCGGACGUCAACGCCUCUGCAGAGUGUACUAGUGAGCGUGUGUGUGUUUACCCUACUGAGUGCGACAGAGACACAGAUAGACAGAAAGAAGGCGAGCAACCGUUACGUUGUGCUUGUUACACGUGAGUCGCAGCAGACAGGCAGAUAAACAAAGCAGCAGCAAAAGCGCAAGGAAAACGGGACGCGCUGCUAAAAGUCAAAUUACGCGCGUUUUUCGCCGCAGUCAACUCGAACAAAAGCAAAACUUUUACCUUUACCGCCCACCGCAAGAUGUCGCUGCUAACAGCCAACAGUCACUCGCUGUCCGAGGAGGAGCUCGAUGAAUACUCCGAUGGCACCGUUAAAUUACGUAACUCUAACAUUGAACUUAUGGAUCAGGACAUAUUAUAUCACUUGGCUCUUGGCAGUGAGAGUCAUGACUUACAGGAGAUGUUUGGCGAUGUUAAGUUCGUUUGCAUGGGCGGCACACCAAAGCGCAUGGAGAACUUUGCACACUUUAUUAUGGACGAAAUUGGCUACAAGCUGCCCGCUGGCACCCAGCUACAGGAUAUUAGCGCCUAUUCGUAUCGCUAUUCGAUGUACAAAGUUGGACCCGUGUUGAGCGUUAGCCACGGCAUGGGCACACCCUCGGUUAGCAUACUGAUGCACGAGAUGAUCAAGCUGAUGUACCAUGCCAAAUGCAUCGAUCCCAUCUUCAUACGCAUUGGCACCUGUGGCGGCAUCGGAGUUGAGGGCGGCACCGUGAUCAUCACAGAGGAUGCCUUGGACGGCCAGCUGCGUAACUCGCACGAGUUUACGAUCCUGGGCGAGACCAUACAUCGGCCGGCUAAGUUGGAUAAGAAGCUGGCACGAGAGCUGAAGUCGCUGGCAAGUGCCGAUGAUCCCUAUGACACCAUCAUUGGCAAGACGCUGUGCACAAACGACUUCUACGAGGGCCAGGGACGGCUGGAUGGCGCCUUCUGUGAGUUCACCGAAACCGACAAGAUGAACUAUCUGGAGAAGCUGCGGGAUAAUGGUGUUGUCAACAUCGAAAUGGAGAGCACAAUCUUCGCAGCACUCACACAUCAUGCUGGCAUCAAGGCGGCAGUUGUGUGCGUUGCCCUGCUGAAUCGCCUCAAUGGUGACCAGGUGAAUGCGCCCAAGGAGGUGAUGCACGAGUGGCAACAGCGUCCCCAGAUCCUAGUGUCCAGGUAUAUACGCAAGGUGCUGGCACAGCAUGGCCAGCUGAAAUCGCUUUUCGGGCAUCAAGGGUCCAUCAAGUCGCCUAGGCGAUUUAAGCUGGUCCAGCAGGAAUCUCAGGCCCACGACUAAAGCCAACAACCAAAUGCACACGAUCAUAGCAUAUACAUAUAUCUAUAUAUGAUAUUUUGAUUUCAAGUUACCUUUGGCUAAAUGCCAACCCAACUCGCAUGUAUACAACUUAUUU